GGAUCGGCGGCCGCCGCAGCCGCGGCCGCGGCAGCCUGCAAGCUGUAUCCCGAGCGACGCCAGCGGCGCCUUCAAGACCGAGUGCCUGGUCAAGGACCAGAACGGCUUCGGCAGCGCCGUCAAGGACAUGGCCGCCUCGUGGCCCUCCAGUUCGCUGUCGCGAGCCGCCACCGACCCGAUGAGGCCCUUCGACGCGUCGUCCGCGGCGCCUAGAGUCUCAGACGCCUGGACCUCCUGCUGCCAGAGCACCACCGCGGCCGCGGCUGCCGUCGCGCAGGCGCCUACUAACGCCUUCUACCCAUGGAUGGCAAUCGCAGGGCUGAACAGCUACAUUGCACGUGCCAGUGGGUUGCGUCGCCGAGGCCGCCAGACCUACACCCGCUACCAGACCUUGGAGCUGGAGAAAGAGUUCCACACCAACCACUACCUGACACGGCGGCGGAGGAUUGAGAUGGCGCACGCGCUGUGCCUCACCGAGCGCCAGAUCAAGAUCUGGUUCCAGAACCGCCGCAUGAAGCUCAAGAAGGAGAUCCAGGCCAUCAAGGAGCUCAACGAGCAGGAACGCCAGGCCCAAGCAGCCAAGGCUCAGCAGGCGGCGGCCGCGCAGGCUUCGAGCGACGCCGGCAAAACGUAAGAUCCGACCGGUCUCAUCAGUGUCCUCUCCGGGCCGCUCUAUUCCUGGAGGGAAGGACAAAACCCCCUUUGUAGACAGGCGGCCCCGUACUACUACUACUGCUACUACUACAACUACUACUACUCCACUACGCUCCCACCGCGGCGGCAGCUUGGGCAAACGCGCUCCUCGCGAAAGCCCCGAUCGCCUUCUCCCUUCCACUAAUUCUCCACAUACGUAUUACUAAGCGCGUACACGCAAUGCGCCGCCCAGGCCAGCAACGCGCGCACACAUUUUGCGCCGCACGGGAAAUUAAUUGCGUGAGGGUGUGAGUGCGUGCCCGUGCUUGCUGUGCCGGGCACGGGUAUUUGAAAUGGCGGCGACAUAGUGCGUGCUCUCUCUUCCUUCAUUAUUUUUUUUCUCGCGAGUCGUUGACCGUCAUUUUAAACGGCGCAUUCGUCGGUUGUCGCACGUCCUUCUAAAGUGCAAGUGCGGGUGGGAAAAAAAAAGUUAUGAAAGUAUUGCCAUCGCAUCGAGAAAGUUAAACUUUCCUUCGGAUUUUUUUUUUUUUUUUUGCGCUGUCGUACCAUUUUUUUUUUUCUUUGAGUGAUGAUGGUGCGCGUUACGUUUGAUGCGUCCAAAAAUGCCAGGACAUUGAUUGGGCUCGGUGUGCACCCGAGGCUGUCACGCCGCUGGCAUCGAUGGAGGGCAAUUUGCUGCUUUUUCUGAACUACGAAGGCACACUCGCCCUCGCAAGACUUUCCACGAACUCGUCCGCGACAAAUGUGUGGAUGAAGAACAGUCUCGCCAGUGUGGAAGAACGUUUGUGCAACCACGCCAGGACAUCCUCCCAAGUUUUUGUUUUUUUAUCCUACAACUUAGUUUCGCACGAUGUGUUCUUUUUUUUUUUUUUGUCGACGUGCACCUGCAUGGCUGCGUGUGUGUGUUUGUGUGUGUUUCGAAGCAUCACGGAGUGGAUAACCGGAGCAGUGUGCACAGAACGAGCCGAAGCGCCAACUGCACAGUAAGGAAGGGCGGAACCCUCUGUCCUCCCAGUGGCAACACCGACUGUGGCAAACUCGCGGAUGCUCUCAAAACUGUGUUGUGACACUUUGAUCUCUUCGGUUGUAGUGUCGAGAAGACACGCGAUCACAGGAUUAACGAUGUUUCAUUCCGCAACCACUUUGCGCCAGGAGGAGUUUUCGUUUCUUGUUAAGGUCUGCGAGCCGUUUGCUUCUCUCUUAAGUUCUUAAAUGUUCACUCGUGAAGCUUCGUGUUUUUUGGCUGUUUGUGAAAAAAGCGGCAGCGAGAGUGGAAUGUAGAGAGACACGCUGCUCUUUCUUACCUUAUUGCCACCAUUUGUUAAAGGAUUCGCGAGCGGACAGUGCGUUCAUAGAGUUGUACAGGAGGCUAUAAAGAGUUCUACGGGAGUUAUACGGGAGAGAGUGCCAGUGAUUCUAUCGAUUCGGCGGCACCAUUCAAUAGUAUGGAUGGCCUGAUAGGUCAACAGUAGAGCUAUUUAGCGGAAUGUUAUGAUUUAACAGUUCACAAGUGACAACCAUCCAGUGGUUUUAUCUGUCAUCACGGCAAGAGCUGAAGUGUCAAAUUACGAGUAGCAACUAUUUAUUGCCUUAUCUGUCGUCUGGAAAAUGACUGGACACUGUCGGGAAUUGGCAUAUCGGACACAGAGUGAGCCACAAGGACAGGGCGCUGUCCUUUGCUCUCGCAGCAGAUAUCUGUCCGCCUAUGUUUCCUGUGCCCUGUGUGAAGCUGUAAACAAACAUUAUCUUAACCAAGUUUUCCUAACCAGCACAAUUGAUCUCUGUGACACCUUUCGACAAAGGGACGUAAAUAUGCAAGCAAAAGACAGUGUGCGGUGAAUGUUUCUAGUGCGACUUCGCAUUUCGAAAGCCAGUGCUUUUGCCUGCUGCCAACUCUAGAAUACCUUUUCGCUCGCGGAUCCUCGUGAACAUGGUCGUUGUCAAUAAUACGUACUCGCAGUGCAAAUUCCUGCCGCCCCGCUGUCAUUGAGUUUGGAUAGCGACAAUGUGUGUUUGAUGCAACCUUCUGGAUAUACGUAAAACAAUCUUCUACACUAAAUACCGAACAUACGUGCCCGUUGGAGAUAUUGUAAAAGUGUACAUAUGGCGUAUUUGCCCGUGCACUUGUGUAUUUACACAAUGUUUAACCCCGUAUAAAAUGUCACUUGAGUACUGGAGAGAUGGGAAGUGCAUUUUCCUUGGAUAUACGUAUAUAGUCACGGCAACCAGACAAGGCUAGACUGUGACGAAUGAGAAUUUACAUGGAACUAACGAAAGUGCUUUGUAGGAAGCGUAUUCUCCGAACGAUACCCACCGAGGUGAUUCUUGGAUCAAAUGUGCUGUACAAAUACAUUGCGUAGUGAGAUAUAUUGCGCAUUUACCUAGCCCUCCUGUAAACACAGUACUAUGGUUCAAGGCAUCUUCCAUUCGCUGGUACGGAAAAACAGAAAGCAAACUAAUCCAAAGUCAUCAUUUUGUUUGAAGUUAUAGGUAAAGAUAUUAAUUCGGUGUGGUUCUUUUGUUUGUGACAGGCCUCGAAGUUGGUCUUUGCAGGUCUCAAUGUUAGAAAGCCUUCCUGAAACUUAAUUUGGAAGCAGAGGCCUAUGUCAAGCUCUGCAAACGAAAUUAGCAGUCUCCCUGUGUUCCAGACUGAUUUUUCUAAGCUUUAAUGAAUGGUCAGCUUUGACAGUCGUGAAACGGAACAAAUCUUGUAGAUAUUCAAAAAUGCUGAACUUGCAAAGAAAGUUCCCGUGGCCGUGUAAAACUUUAGACCUGUACGUGCACGUGUCUCCAGAACUUUCUGGUUUCUGACGUAUGUCUGUACUUUUCUGGCACUGUGUGUUGUCUAGUGUAGUACUUGUUCUUUUCGGUUGCUCCGUCAUCUAUAAAUACACCUUGAGUAUACGUACACUUCGAAGCACAUUGGCAAACUCUGCUCCUCAAAUUUUGCAACGUUAUAUCAUUUCAAGGUUAAACGAGGCUACAUGUCCCAAUCUUGGGAAGUGUUCACUAGCCCAUCUUACUACCAUAAGUAGUGAGCUUGUUGUUUUCUUUUUCUUUCGCAGGUAUCAACUCUAUCCAUAACGUGUCGAUGCCUUCAGUGGCAGUAAGCUUUAAUCACUGUAUUCCUGUGUCCUUCUACAAAAGAGAAUAAUUUAUUCUGUAGCAGCUACAUAGUUUUCUUUUUAUUUGGGUCGCUUUAGCAAAGCCUGCUCUCUAAUCGCUCCUAAAAUCAAUCAGACAUUGAUAAUAUUAUGACAAUUUUGCUUCAGACAAAAUUGUCCCUCUGGGAAAUGUUUGUGUAAUGUUUGUGUACAUUUCUUAUGGCUAAUGAGCAUUGCACCAUUUUAGCACAUUUUUGUAGCUGAAGGUUUUUUUUUUUAUUUGCUUAUCGGUUUACGAUUCGCGUAAACCUAAAACGAAGGAAUGAUCCCAAAAUCCUGAAAACAAAACAUAGAAAUCGGCAGAAAAUAUAUUUGCGCAUUUAUGAUCACCAUAUACGCUGCUACAAGUUGAAGUCUUAUGACAAAAGUUCCUUAUACGGACUCCCAUUUUUAUUCAUCUGCCAUUUUGUAACUUAUUAUGGAAACAUUAUGGAAACAAUGGCGAUUGUUGCUAUUUACAUAGCUGUCUAACGAAUUCUAUACUAAAUCGCGCUUCUCGUUGCAAAAUUUUAUUUUACUUCUGGCAACUGCCACAAGUCGCCUUGAUCCUUCUAUAUCUUUCACAAUUUUCGGCGCAAGUUUGUUAAUAAUUUGACGAAAAAGAAAAGUACAAUCCCACACCUGAAAGAAAUUCGUUUCCCCUGGAAUAGGCGAUGGUUUGUUUAAUUGGGGCUAUCUGAGCGAUUAUUUUAAAAUAUAUUUCUUAGAUUAAUGCUAGUAUUGCAAGCUUGUGCGGCUUCAGGAGGUCUGAAAAGAGCCUUGAAACGCGCAUCGUAACAAAGAACGUGCUUUGCCGCUUACGCCGCGGCCUGCCUUGCGAUCUCUUAAAUAUACGUAAAACCAUACGUAACACAAUUAUACGUACAUUGUUCUUCCCAAGAUUUCGUGCCUUUGUGGGCUAUAAUCUGGGAAAACAGAAAAUUAUAUACGUACGCUCGCGAACAUUCCAUUGUAUUCUUUGUAACUCUCACCAGUGUCACGGAAAUUAUUUUAGCAAUGCUUGUACAACUACGAGCCUAAACAUUGAUGGAUAAACAGUGUAUGUCAUGUGGGUGUGUUCUCAGUUGUAUUUUUUUAACGUAUUAAGCUUUUGAUGUUCCGGUGCACUGCUCGUGUCGCUCACGCUUAUACAGAUACCAAAUUUUAUCGCUGUUGUGUAACGGUUUUUGCCUUUUCGUAUCUUCACAUCUGGAGACUAAAAUUGCUAGUCAUGACUCCUUGUAAAACAAAAUGAACGCACCCGGAAGAUAUUACGUUCAGCAAGAAGCUUGUGAUAAAUCCUGCGGAUUUGUUUUAGCUCGUAUUGAAUCGAAGAUUGGACUUACGAAAGCCCGUACGCUAUGUGAAAACCUUGUUGUCUAUAUGCCUCGUUGUCUAUAAAUUCUUGACAUGGACGUGGCUGAAAAUUCAUGACUAAUCCGCUAUAUUACUUAAAUGUCACAAUUCGCAUAUACGUUUUGCCUCGGCUGUUCAAUGAUAAAGUGAAAUGUACGAGACCAACAAGACGUUAACCAUCUUUAUUGCUUGCAUACUUUAGGUGCACAUGCUUUUGUAAACCAAUUUGCACAGCAAAUAGUAAUGACAAAUUGGCCUUAAUCAAAGGUCUGCUCGUUAUCAUUCUCUUGAGGUAUGGCUUACAGUGGUUGCGCUAUUGUGUUACAUACCUGUAGCGUUAUAAUUGCUAUUUCUUGGUUAUAUGAAUGAGGAGUGAGCUUAAGUAGAAAUAUUACUUAAUAAAAAAUUAUUCAACCUGAAGUUAUAAGUUUAAAGUAUAUUGGUCGAAGUCUUGCGUCAGUAGUAUAUCGUGAGCGGCAUGAGAUGAUGCACUGGGACAUGUUGCAAUUCAUCAAGACAUUGAAAAAGAUCAACAUGAAGCCUAACUGAGAUUAAGUUGACAAUAUUUCUGUUUUAGCUCAGACAAGAUGUCUAAGAAAGAGGUAUACGCCUGCACACUUUCACUUGCUCCCUCUGCUCCCAUUUACUCGGUUAUUCGAGUGAUCUCUCGUUAUCAACUAUUUGCUUCCUAUUUUGUGUGCUUCCUCAUUAACUGUUGUGCCACAUGUUCGGAGUCGGCGUUUGAGUGCUUGUUUUAUUUUUUCCCACGUUUAUGCCAUACUUAAAAGACCUCGAACACCCGAAUUUAUCGUCGUUGAAGUAUCGACCAAUGUUGUGGUCGUUAUUGCAGCGUGUAUUGUUUCUUCUUUUUUUUUUGUCUGUUUGGCAUUUCUGUGUUAGUCACAUAUGUGUGCGGUAUAUACGUGUACGUAAUACCAAUAUACGUAGAAUGGAAAUACAAAGAGAGAAGGGGGCAGAAGUGACUACCAUCUUGUUCAAACCGCCACUGCGCCAUUCGAGCCAAUUCAGGAAAGACGUAAGAAGAAAGUAAAAAAUCAUUCUAGCUUCGUAUCAGCGGCGUGCAACCAUUUUGUGAUUGCUCAGUAUACGUAAACAGAAACAGUAAACUGUAUAAACUUUGCCGCGAACCUAUUUUGAAAUUUAUAUACUGAUAUAUAUUUAUACACCUAGACGUACUGUACAUCUAAAGUCACAUUUUCUUUUUUCUUUUCGAGACACUUGUAGCGGCGCAGUUGCUGAACGCCCUGUGCAGCGUAUACGUAAGCGUCCGACUGAAGUAAAAAGAACAAAAAAUAUUUUACGACAGUCAUCUUCAUGAUAACGUCUUUCGUUUUUGUGAGUUCUGCAAGUGUGUUUUGCAAACUUGUUUUCUUUUCUUUUUUUUUUUUUUCACCGCGGGUGUUUGUGGUUUUCCUUCAUGUACAGAGCCGGUGUUCAUAUACCGUUAGUGGCAUCUCUGUUCGCCUCAUUAUGAAUUGCGAUGUAAUUAUGCCAUGUCUUAUUUCUUUCUGUUAUCAUUUCCGUGAUGUGACGUGUGACUUGAUGAAAGAAAUACAAAUCUGGAUUACAUCACACUGAGAA